AUGGCCUCCCAAGCUUGCGAACUGCCCUCCAUUUCCACCCCGGCCGCCGCGCCGGCUGCCGCAAACGAGCAAGCCUCCAAGCCCAAGCCCUGCUGCGUAUGCAAGGAGGAGAAGGCGAAACGGGACGAGUGCAUGCUCUUCUCCAACGCCGCCGACCCAGCCAAGGACUGCCUUUCCACGAUCGACCAAUACCGAAACUGCAUGAAGGGCUUUGGCUUCACGGUGUAA